CGGCAUUUUUGAAGUCGCCGGUCCAUCAACAACAAUUACUAUGGGAGCUGCCGGAUCUGUCCAAGACGCUUCCUUCGACCCCAACAAGUUUGCCCAGUCGAAGGCCAUCAUGGACCUCGCCGUCGACGACGCUGAAAAAUUUGCCAAGCUCAAGGAAGUCUGGAACUCCAAUGGGGGCGGCACAAAAGAGCCGUCCCCUGAGCCCCAGCCAGCUGCAAACGAGGUCAAAGAAGCAACCCCGAAAGAAUUGACGGCGCCCAAGGACACUCCAGCUUCCAGUGAAUCGACAAAAGAGGCUCCCAAGGAAGCCCCGAAGGAAGCGUCGAAUGAAGCACCCAAGGCUGCGGAGAAGGAUGCUCCUAAAGAUGAAAAGAAAGACGGUACAAAGGUCGAGUCCAAAGAAGCUGCGAAGGAAGCGCCGAAGGAAGAGAAAAAGGAAGCUCCCAAGGAAGGUCCAGUGGAAGCGCCGAAGGAAGCUCCAAAGGAUACCCAGCCUGCGAUGGGGGCCCCGGCAGAGGAAAUCAAAGCUGCUGCCCCCAAGUAGUCGUCACGAUAGCAAUAUAGAUCUUCCUACCCUGCUCGAUCGA